CUCCCCUCCCGUUCCUCGCAAAAAACAAAACAAAAACAAAAAAAGGGUCGCCCCAGCCUCUCGUCUCUCCCCAAGCGGCGGCGACCAGGCCGACGGCCCUCCGCAGGCGGUGCACCGGCGGUAUAGGUGCUCACCUGAGCUCUAGGCAAGGUCACCGUAUAGAUACUGCCGCCGCUUUUUCUAACCUUGCCCGACGUUUGGCACGCAACCUGAAUUCGUCUCGCCCGCGGCCGAUCUCCUCCAUCCGCUCGCCGCGCCGCAAUCCGGAGAGGAGACUACGCUAGGUCGAGCACCACCUGGGGCUCAGCGUUCUCGCGACCAGUUCCGGCGCGGCGUCCGCCCUCUGCAGCCACUCGCCCCCGCGACCGUCGUUGUUGUCCUACUUCGACACUCGCCACCUUGGCCGGCGACGAGCACCACCAGGACAGCAGCUUGGUACACCACAAAUUACAAAAUGUCAGCCAACGUCGAUGAAUCAACCAGUGGUGGCAGCAGCAGCGAUGCAGCUGGGGGGAGCUUUGAGUGCAACAUAUGCUUUGAGCUGCCUCAAGAGCCGAUAGUGACUCUUUGCGGCCACCUCUUUUGCUGGCCAUGCCUUUACCGGUGGCUGCACAUACAUGCACAUUCGCCAGAGUGCCCAGUGUGCAAGGCCCUUGUGGAGGAGGACAAGCUUGUUCCCCUUUAUGGACGUGGCAAGGAUCGUGUUGACCCAAGGUCAAAGAACAUGCCUGAGGGUGAGAUUCCUCACCGCCCAACUGGCCAGAGGCCUGCCACAGCCCCCCAGGCCGAUGCUAACAACUUUGCCAAUGCCAAUGCAAAUGCGAAUCCAUGGUUCAUGGGCACAGGAGUCCCUUUGGCAAAUGCGCGGUGGGGGAAUUAUGCAUUCUCAGCUGCUUUCGGGGGACUAUUCCCUAUGCUUAGCUUCCAAGUUCAUGGGUUUCCAGAUGCUGCUGCUUAUGCACAGCCUGCUGGGUUCCACUAUGGGUAUGGCCAUGGGCAUGGAUUCCAUGGCGGUCAUAUGGGACAUACCCAUGGUGUCCACCGACAAGCGCCAUUGGGCCAACAGCAGCAGGCAGAUAUCUACCUGAAGGCCCUGCUCUUCAUGAUUGGAAUUCUAGUGAUUGCAAGCCUCCUCGCAUUUUAAACUUGUUGGCAACAACUACCAGGAAGCCUGCUCGUCAUGGUUGGAACUUGGAAUUCUGGGAAUGUAAUCCUCCUGGCAUUUCAAAGUCGUUGGUAGUUUGACAUUGUGAUGGCAUAUUGGCCUAUGAAUUGCCAGAAUUUCAGUGUUGGGUCUGUACUAUAGCCUGGUGCUGAAUGUUGCAUAACUUAUUAUUGUAUUUGCAUGAAGUGUCCAUAGAAUAUGUAUUUACGUCUAGAUAAGUAUCUGCGUUUUACAACACCUUAUAGAGUGUAAGGAGGAACAUGGUGCAAUUGUUGCUGUUUAGUUUUGAUGGUUUUUAACUCUUUGGAUGUGAACGUGAUGUACAAUUUGGGUCCUGUUUAGACGUAAGGCAAAUAUAUAUACCUCUGUAAAGUGUUUACAUUUUAAAUGUGCACAAGAAAACCAGUCAAUAAUUAUCUGCUUGUUCGAAA